UCGCAGUCAACCAUCAUGGCCUCCAGCAUCUCGGUGAGAAGCUUCUCGAUGAACCGUCAGCCCUCUUUUUCCAGCCGGUCCCUGAUGGACACCGGCCGGGCUCGCUCUAGGGCCUCCGUCUCUUUUGUCGCCGCUAGCCCGCUGAGCCGUUCAGCCUCCAUCAGCCAGGACCUCAACGGGCCAAUCAGCCUGCAGCUGAACGGUCUGCAUGGCAACAGCACCAACGAGAAGGAGGCCAUGCAGAGCCUCAACAGCCGCCUGGCCAACUACCUGGACAAGGUGCGCUCACUGGAGCGCUCCAACGCCGACCUGGAGAUGAAAAUUAAGCAGCUGAUGCUCGACCGCGUCCCCAAAGGUCAUGAUCUCGAUUCCAUGAUGGCCCAAGCACACGCUGUGGAGCAGGAGGUGAGGAAGAAGACCUUGGAAAACGCUCGUCUCAUGUUAGAGAUCGAUAAUGCUAAACUGGCCGCUGACGACUUCCGGAUUAAGUGGGAGACGGAGCUGGUGAUGUGUCAGUCCGUGGAAAGGGAUUGCGUUGCUCUGAAAAAGGCCAAGACCGACCAUGAGCAGAUCAUUGCUUCUCUCCGAGGAGAUUUGGACAGCCUCAAAGAAGAGCUUUACUUCCUCAAGAAAAACCAUGAGGAGGAAAUUGAGCAGAUGAAGUCCCGCAUCGCCAGAGAUGAGGUGAAUGUUGAGGUGGACUCUGCCACUGGGCCGGAGCUGGGGACCAUUCUGUCUGAGCUGCGCUCCCAGUAUGAGGGGAUUGUCAAGAGGAACAAGGAGCAGGCGGAGCAGUGGUACCGCAAGAAGUUGGAGACGGUGCAAAACGAGGUGAAGGAGAGCAACGAGGCCUUACGAGGAGCCCAGGGGGAGCUGGUGGAGAGGCAGCGUUUCCUGCAGACCCUGGAGGUGGAGCUGGAGAGUCUGCACAAACAGAUAGCAGCUCUGGAAGGUAACCUGGGGGAGACGGCUCAGAAGUAUUCAUCUGAGAUGGAGCGGCUGCAGGUCACCCUGAACCAGAUGGAGGAGGAUCUGUCUCAGCUCCGGCUGGACAUGCAGCGCACCAAGACCGACUACGAGCAGCUUCUCCGCAUCAAGCAGAACCUGGAGAUGGAGAUCGCAACCUACAGACGCCUGCUGGAGGGCGAGGAAGCAGUCAAGGAAAUUCCUCUUCCACCAAAAAAGGAGCCUGACGUUCGCACCAGAAAGAUUGUGAAGGUGGUGACUCAGACCAUGGUCAAUGGCAAAAUCGUGGACGAAUCCAGCGAGGUGGAGCAAAUCGAGGAAUCCAAGAAAUAGAAGCGGAAAAGAGGGUGCGCGCUGUAAAAGGUUCAAGUUUAAAGUUACAUAAGUUUGUAUUGCAAGAGGCACACGAAGAAAAGAAAAAUAUAACCGCCUACAAACUAAUAAAGACGGAAGAAUGACGCAGUUUUACUAGAAACAUGCUUUUCAAACAGUUUA